AUGGAUGACGAUAUUAUUGAUACCCAUUGCGAUCCAAAGAAACCGCGUGAAGUAUCCUUUGACGACAUCACAACGGCUGAUUUGCUUUUGAUGGACGAAGUGACUAAGACGCCGUGUACGCGUGCAGUGAAAUGUAUUGAAUACAAUAUGGAGGUUUUUUUCAAGAAAGAAUUCAUGCAGCCGACGGGCAGUUUCAAAGUACGAGGAGCACGUUAUGCCUUACUGCUACUCUCCGAUAAACAGAAGCAAAUUGGUGUUAUAUCUGCAUCAACGGGAAAUCACGCUUUGGCCUUAAGUUAUCAAGGCAAUCUGCUCAAAAUUCCCAUUACAGUUGUGGUGCCUACUUGCACCGCCACGACGACAAUUGAAAAAUGCCGGUCUUACAAUGCGCAUGUUAUCACCGAGGGUCGCGACAUUUCAGAGUCCCGAGUAGUUGCUUUGGUUUUAUCAAAAGACAGACAAUUGGAAUAUAUCGAUAGCUAUGAUCAUCCACAUAUUAUUGCCGGUAACGGUACGAUUGGCUUUGAAAUACUAAGGCAAGUACCGAAAAUCGACGCUAUCGUGGUGCCAGUUGGUGGUGGUGGACUUAUAGCGGGUAUUGCCACAACCGUUAAGACGGUAUCACCGCAGACACAAAUUAUUGGUGUAGAGUUGGAAAAGUGCCCGAGUUUCCAACGAGCCAUGGAGAAUGAGAUGCCUACUUAUACGCCACCAAAUAAGUCGCUGGCUGAAAGUUUGCUGGUGCCCAAGGUGGGCUGUAAUGCCUUUUCCAUGGUUGCCGUUUUGAUUGACAAGUUGGUGUUGGUGCGUGACCCUUGGGUGGCGUUGGCAAUGCUGCGGCUAGUUGUGGAAGAGGAGUGCGUAGUCGAGGGUGCUGGUGCUGUAGGUUUGGCGGCAAUACUGGCGGGUCAUUUGAACGAAUUGCAUUUAAAGAGAGUUGUGGUUCUACUUACUGGUUGUAAUACUUAUGCGUCGGCUUACGGACGUGCUCUAGAGUGCGGUAUGUCGGCCGAACGACGUUUAUUGCCCGACGAUACUGAGCAUAAUGCCUGUAGCGUAUUUACACUUAUCGAAAAACUAACCAAAGUUGGUCUAAAUGUGAAUGAUACAUUAUCGGAAUGUGUGUGGUUGCCAUUAGCUUAUAAUUUGGAACUUGAACAACGUUCCAAGACUGCGCUUCAACAACUCACCUUAACCGAGAUGAAAAAAUUAUCAAACGACAACGAAGAAAACGAAUUGAAACCAACCACAGCAGCACGAAGUAAGAACGGAGCCGCAAGAAGUCCAAAGGAAGCCGCAAAAGGUUCAAAAGAAGCAGUAGAAACGGAAUACAAGGAGACAAGCGGAGAGGCGCAAGGAGUGGUCGUCAAAGAAACGCCAGUCGAAGAAACUCAAGAAAAGCUUCCAAAACCUGUGCAAGUUCCAUUGAAAUCCAGAAAGCCUUCAAUAACAAACAGAAAACUCAUUUUUAGAAAACAAGGCAGAUAA